UACUUUUUUUUGGCCAGCUGGAUGGCCGGAGUGGCAUGCAAGAGAAGGUAUUAUUACACAUACUAUUUGUGGUAUUACUCACAUAGGGACCAUGUCUUGGUCAUUUGUGCUGUCGUUCCGAGAUUAGACGGCACGGCGAAUUAAUGGCACUUGUUUGUGCUUGGUGAAAUAUCUUGCCAAGAUUCGCAAAGAAAGCCGGUAAAGUACGUAAGGAUGAAAAUAACAAGCUGGGGUUUUCUCAUUGCUUUAGGUAGCAGGUAUCAUCCCAAAGCACCUACGCAGAUGGAACAUGGUAAGUCUCCCCCUUUACACACUUGAGAUAUGCAUAGAUACACUCAUGUAUGUCAUAUAUCACUCCGUCAACGAGAGACGAGACGACUGCACUUUUCUACAUCCAGGUAGCAUCCAGCAUCCAGUAGAGAUUAGCGGAUUGCGAUAUAGACAAUAGAUUAGACGGCUUUGGUCAAAUCAUUUCAUGUCUAUAUCCGAGCGUAUCCUUUCUCCUUUUUGGAGCUUUGCCUGAUGACAAACGCCGGGAGCUGAAACACGACCAAGAAAAGCAAUCAAGCUUUCACCCAUCCUCCCAUGCCAUGCUACUCUGUACCUGGGCAAGCAAUUACGAAAGCAGGGCAUGGAUGCCCUUCUGCAAGCUCUUUGCUCUUCAUCCCGGCUGCCAGGAAUCUAUUUGCUUUCCAGGUCUUCAUAGGCCUGCCUCGCUUCCCCAGCCGUUCCAUUCACGUUGGAGGAAUUGUCGCUGGGGCGCCCGUUUGCCAGUCUUGCCUGGAGUCCAGCAUCUCCAAUCACCCACGGUUGUAUCUACCCUUGACGCAACCUAACUCGAUUGAUGCCAUUUCUCUCGCCGCAGGUCCAGUAACGUGCAAGUGCUGGCGCGCUCGCACGCGCAUGGGUGAGAUGCCAGAGCCAAAGAGAGGCCGUCGACGCUCAGGAGGCGUUAUCAAGGGGAUCCAUUGUACAGGGUACAGGUCGUCGGUUCGCAGCUGGCCAUCCAGUGAUUGCGUGGGAAGCGUAGCGAGUACAUAUCCGUGGCUGCAUGCAUGGCGCUAAAACAGAGCUGCGACUCAGCAAUCGGGGAACGGGGGGGCUCUCUGGUCGCAUUUUGAGC